CCGGCAGCUCGCACUCUCCUCACACUCCUCUGGCAGCUCACUCUGCUCCGAGCCCGUUCCCUUCCCGUCCCACGAAAACAAAGCGGAGAGAGAGAGAGAGAGAGAGAGGCAGAGAGGAGGGAGAAGAAGCAACAAGAACAACAGCGAACAAACGUACUACAGAGCUCCUGAGAUGGCGGCGCCGGCGCCGAAGCAGGAGGAGCUGCAGCCGCACGCCGUCAGGGACCAGCUGCCCUCCGUAUCCUACUGCCUCACCAGCCCGCCCCCAUGGCCGGAGGCCGUACUCCUCGGCUUCCAGCACUACCUCGUCAUGCUCGGCACCACCGUCAUCAUCCCCACCGCGCUCGUCCCCCAGAUGGGCGGCGGCAAUGAGGAGAAGGCGCGGGUGGUGCAGACGCUGCUGUUCGUGGCCGGGAUCAACACGCUGAUCCAGAGCUUCCUCGGCACGCGCCUCCCCGCCGUCAUGGGGGCCUCCUACACCUUCGUCGCGCCCACCAUCUCCAUCAUCCUCGCCGGCCGCUACAGCGGCAUUGCCGAUCCCCACGAGAAAUUCGUGCGCAUCAUGCGGGGCACGCAAGGCGCGCUCAUUGUGGCCUCCACCCUCCAAAUCAUCAUGGGAUUCAGUGGCCUUUGGCGCAUUGUCGUCAGGCUGCUGAGCCCGCUGUCUGCUGCCCCCUUGGUCGCCCUCGUCGGAUUCGGGCUCUAUGAACUGGGGUUUCCAAGUGUUGCCAAAUGUGUAGAGAUUGGUCUUCCACAGAUUUUACUGCUGGUGGCACUUUCUCAGUACAUACCACAUUUGGUCCCCUUGCUGAGUACUGCCUUUGAGCGGUUUGCUGUCAUAAUGUCCAUUACCCUCAUCUGGCUUUACGCCUUCUUCCUGACGGUUGGCGGUGCCUAUAAGAAUGCUGCUCCGAAAACCCAAUUCCAUUGCCGCACUGAUCGAUCUGGCCUUGUUGGGGGUGCUCCAUGGAUAAGUGUACCCUAUCCAUUUCAGUGGGGAGCACCAACCUUUGAUGCUGGUGAAGCUUUUGCUAUGAUGGCAGCUUCUUUUGUUGCUCUUGUAGAGUCCACCGGUGCAUUUAUUGCCGUUUCACGGUAUGCCAGUGCAACACCAUGCCCUCCUUCCAUCAUGAGUCGUGGCAUUGGGUGGCAGGGAGUUGGCAUUUUGCUGAGUGGCUUGUUUGGAACAGCUAAUGGAACCUCUGUAUCUGUCGAAAAUGCUGGGCUGCUCGGUUUGUCACGCGUUGGUAGUAGACGCGUUGUGCAGAUUUCUGCUGGAUUUAUGAUAUUCUUCUCAAUCCUUGGGAAAUUUGGAGCUGUUUUUGCAUCGAUUCCUGGCCCAAUUAUCGCAGCUAUAUACUGUCUUCUCUUUGCAUAUGUUGGUAUGGCAGGUGUUGGGUUCCUACAGUUCUGCAACCUGAAUAGCUUCCGAACAAAGUUCAUCCUAGGAUUUUCUUUGUUUAUGGGUCUGUCGGUGCCACAGUAUUUCAAUGAAUACACUUCCGUCGCAGGCUUUGGUCCAGUGCACACGCAUGCAAGAUGGUUCAAUGAUAUGAUCAAUGUGGUAUUCUCCUCGAAGGCAUUUGUUGCCGGGGCUGUGGCGUAUUUUCUGGACAACACCCUGCAUAGGCGAGACGGCACCGUGAGGAAAGACCGGGGGCACCAUUUCUGGGACAGGUUCAGGUCCUUCAAGACUGACCCGCGCAGCGAGGAGUUCUACUCCCUCCCAUUCAACCUCAACAAGUUCUUCCCAUCCUUCUGAUCCUGCUGCUGCUAACUGAAAACAGAAAAUGCUGUUCGAUUAGGUUGUUGUAUGAUUUUGGCAAUGCCACGCCCAAGUGGCUGUUUCUCCUACUUCUGUUGUACCCCUUGAGCUUGAGUUCUGAAUCUUGUAGAGCUCAGCCUAACCUAUUCGGAAGGAAUGGAGAAAUUGCUUGGUAUUUUUGAUGUAAAUUGGGUUGGGUUCUCGGAUAGAUGAAGAAAAUGAAAAGAGAACUGCUCCAGUACUCUUUCUAUAAAUUACACUCCAGUGCUAUUUCAGAGUAAA